GACCCCUUCAAAAGAUCUCCUGUUAAAAGCAUCUCGGUGCAGAAAACUUCUUCAUUGGUAUUUUAAAUGGAAGCUAUUCUUCCAUGUGACUUGAGUUAACUCGACAUUGUAAACAUUAACAUGUGAUUCUCAGUUGUUGUUUUCUUGCAGAUUGGAACCUCUGUCCUGCUCCCUUGUCCUUCUUGUUGAAGAUGCCAGCAUGUUAAGACAAACUCUCUCAUUCAUCUUCAUAUCUUUUCUUUUUUCUAAGAUGGCAUUGACUCAUCCUGUCAUCAUACACGCUAUAAUUGACCGCUGACACAGAUGCCUUUCUAUAUAUUUGAGCCAAUCUAUGGAUCUCUAUCAAAUUAAAACAUCAGCUUUUUCUUUGUUGUUCCAUUUCUUCCUGUUACUAGCUUUUAAACAAUGAUCAUCUAUCAUGGACAAUCCUGUUUAUGCAGCUACUGUGUCUUGGUAUUUCUCAUUCUUCUUUUUCCUGUCUUGGUCUCUUCUUCAAAUUGUUCAUGUGAAGCACAAGAGAAGGACCAAAACUCUGCUGAGGCACUCAAAUUCAAACUUGUAGCAAUAGCUUCAAUUCUAGUUGCUAGUUCACUAGGAGUUUGUCUCCCAUUUUUGGUCAAAGACAUAUCAUGUCUACAACCAGAUAAAGAACCUUUUUUCCUCAUCAAGUCCUUUGCUGCUGGUGUGAUAUUGGCCACUGGAUUCAUUCACAUACUUCCUGAUGCUUUUGAGAGCUUAGCAAGUCCUUGCCUUAACGACAAACCGUGGCGAGAAUUUCCUUUUGCGGGUUUUGUGGCAAUGAUUUCUGGUAUUGGUACUCUGAUGAUGGAGAGUUUUGCCACUGGAUGCCAUGAGAGGCUUGAGUUAAGAAAAGCUCAGCCUGUGAAUGGUGAUGAAGAGAUGAGUGACCACAAUGAGGCUCAUAGUGUUGAUGUAGGUCGCUUUCAUGGCUCUGCUCUUACAUUACCGAGAACAAAUUCAUCUGACCUUAUCCGGAAUCACAUCAUCUCUCAGGUUUUGGAGUUGGGGAUUGUUGUCCAUUCUGUGAUCAUUGGAUUGUCACUUGGUGCUUCUCAAAGCGCCAAGACAAUCAAGCCUCUGGUAGCUGCACUUAGUUUCCAUCAAUUCUUUGAAGGAAUAGGACUUGGUGGAUGCAUUUCUCAGGCAAAAAUGAAGAGACAAUCAGUUGUAGUUAUGGUUGUGUUUUUCUCCCUCACAACUCCUGCUGGAAUUUCUGUUGGCAUUGGAAUAGCGAAAACCUACGACGACAACAGUCCUGCUGCCCUCAUUAUUCAAGGACUUCUUAAUUCAGCUUCUGCUGGUAUCCUGAUUUACAUGGCACUUGUUGAUCUUCUGGCAGCUGACUUCAUGAACCCUAAAUUACUGACCAACUUCAGGCUCCAAGUUGGGGCAAUUUUUACACUUCUUUUGGGUACAUGUUGUAUGUCCCUUCUAGCAAAACUAAACUAGGACAUUAACCACCUCUCUUCUUCUUCUUCUCUAUUGCGCAUUCUACUUUUUAUUUUUUGGAAGUUUGUUGUGACUUGACAUAAAGAAGAUGAAUUAUUGAAGAAGAAUGUAAGAAAGUACUGUUUUUAUCAGCAAA